GGGAUUUUUGUAUCGAGAAUUUGAAAAUGGAUGUAAAACUCUGGCGAACUAUUAAGCUAACGAUGCCAGAACUCUUGUGUGAAUACAGAAUAAGAGUGCGUAUAGUACAUCAUAGUAAAUCUACCUUUCCCGAACUCGACACAUAAAAAGGGAGUUUUACUAAGGUGGGAGGAUUCCAACCUUUUAGCUAUAUAAAUACUACAAAACAGUGAGGGCAAAAUAGUCAUUACACAAACAAUGCCAGCACUAUAAUAUUUUUAUAAAUUUUGUUAGUUAGAAGAUAAAGAAAAAAGAAAGUGGGGGUGGAAGGAGUGACUCAAAUUCAUACACAUCAAUAUGAGUUAGAGAAAAACACACACACAGAGAGAGAAAAGAUGUCAUAAUAUUUCAUUAAACAGUUAGUAGUUGAGAAGUACAUGUGUUAUGACUUCAAUGGGAGGAGCAACAGCAACAGCAUUUGCAUGGACGAAAUCUAUCUCAUCUACUACUAUUCAACUACCUCACACUCUUUUUGCAGGUGAGUCUAAAAGAGUUAGAAUUUGGUGUGUGAAUGCAAACAUUGACUCUUCUGCAUCUCCCAAGGUGCUAGACGGGCAGAAGGUGGUUCCAACGAAGGCCAAGGAGUUGGGUUUUGCAUUCAAAUAUCGAUAUGUCAAAGACGCGUUGAAAGCAAUCAUGUCAUGAGAAACAUCAGGCCAUCAAGCCAUAUUCUAUCUAUAUACCUUUGAGUUGUCUACUCCAAAGGAGUUUUGAGUUGAUUCAUAUCAGAUUUUCUGCUUAUUUUUGAAAAGCCAAAUUCAAUCAAUUAAUAUCAUGCCAGUGUCAAAAGUAUUUGCACCUUCAUACCA